UAUAUAUAUUUGGUAGAUUGUUUUCGGUAUCUAGAACCGCUGCUGCCGCGUCUCCAUUACGCUUUUGCACUCGUCGUCCGAGAACUUUUCUGCGGCUUUAAUUUCCCAUUCGAGAACAAUGGCUGAUGGUCACGAAACCGAUAAGAACAUUGAGAUAUGGAAAAUCAAGAAACUCAUAAAGGCACUUGAAGCAGCUCGAGGCAAUGGAACCAGCAUGAUUUCUCUUAUCAUGCCUCCUCGCGAUCAAGUAUCUCGUGUCACCAAGAUGCUUGGAGAUGAAUUCGGAACUGCAUCUAACAUCAAAAGCAGAGUCAACCGCCAAUCUGUUCUUGGUGCAAUUACAUCAGCUCAGCAGAGGCUGAAAUUGUACAACAAGGUUCCUCCGAAUGGUCUCGUUCUCUACACUGGAACCAUUGUUACUGAUGACGGGAAGGAAAAGAAGGUAACAAUUGACUUUGAGCCAUUCAGGCCCAUAAAUGCAUCUCUCUAUCUAUGCGACAACAAAUUCCACACCGAGGCGCUGAAUGAACUCUUGGAGUCUGAUGAUAAGUUUGGCUUUAUUAUUAUGGAUGGCAAUGGGACUCUCUUUGGAACACUGAGUGGUAAUACUAGGGAGAUUCUUCACAAAUUUACUGUGGACCUCCCUAAGAAGCAUGGAAGAGGAGGGCAAUCUGCACUGCGUUUUGCUCGUCUCCGCAUGGAGAAGCGCCAUAACUAUGUUCGGAAAACAGCAGAGCUUGCCACCCAAUUUUACAUCAAUCCUCAGACGAGCCAGCCCAAUGUUUCUGGACUCAUUCUAGCUGGUUCUGCCGACUUCAAGACCGAGCUCAGUCAGUCUGAUAUGUUCGACCCUCGUCUACAGGCGAAAAUUCUGAAUGUGGUGGAUGUUUCAUAUGGAGGGGAAAAUGGUUUCAAUCAGGCAAUUGAGCUGUCUGCUGAGAUCCUUUCCAAUGUGAAGUUUAUACAAGAGAAGCGUUUAAUCGGCAAGUACUUUGAGGAGAUUAGUCAGGAUACAGGAAAGUAUGCUUUUGGCGUUGAAGACACAUUGAAAGUUCUUGAAAUGGGUGCUGUUGAGACGCUUAUUGUUUGGGAAAAUCUGGACAUGACCAGAUACACGCUGAAGAACACUGUAAGCGGUGAAGUUCUCAUAAAACACUUCACCAAGGAGCAGGAGUCUGUGCAAAGUAACUUCCGUGAUCCAGCUACAAAUGCUGAACUAGAGGUUCAGGAAAAGAUGUCGCUGCUUGAAUGGUUUGCCAAUGAGUAUAGACGUUUCGGCUGCACUCUUGAAUUUGUCACCAACAAAUCACAAGAAGGGUCGCAAUUCUGCCGUGGUUUUGGAGGAAUAGGAGGGAUCCUGCGCUAUCAGUUGGAUGUUCGAGCUUUUGAUGAACUUUCUGACGAUGGAGAAGCUUAUGAAGAUUCUGAAUAGCAAUCAAUCAACUUUUCUAAUCCCAGUGCAGGCUGCAGGGAUGGAGCGGAGGCACUGCACUGGAGCGGGGGGGCUCGCCCCUCUGACUAUUCUGCUCGGACUAUAUUGGAAGAAAAAGAUGGAGCGAAGCAAGAUGAGGAUCAUGGUCAAACCUAUUUGGAAGGGAAGAGAGAUGGUGCUUAAGGAAGAGAUAUUAUGAUUGGCUAAGUGCUUUGGCCGCAUAGGCGAGGUAAUAUAGGGAUGCCCUAUGUGCUUUGUCUGUGAGGGCCGUAUUUCACCGUUGCAUGAGGUGGUCUUAUGUUGGAGUCGUAUUAUUAUAUGCGUUAUGGAGAUGAUGUUUUGAUCGAACUUUUCCUAUGUUGAUGUUUAAUGCUCGGUUUGUUUUAAAUUGAGUUUCUGUGUCUUGUUUGAACUUUACAGUUUAGUGUCAUGUAAUAAGAACUGCAUUUGUUGAUGCAGCAGAUUUCGACUAUGUUAUUACUAUGUGUUUGGUUUGGUCAAAUAAAUUGCCAGUAAAGUCUUAGAGUUA